AUGUUUUUCUCGUUGCACUUUGUUUUGUUGAGCGUGGCUUUUGUGGACUGCACAUCCGCCACUGAAGACUGCAUCAAAUCCAAUGGUGUCGAAUACAGAGGGAACAACCAGAGCUCCUCCACAGGAUUAACCUGUCUAAACUGGACCAACACAACCCGGGACUACGAUGUUAUGGCGUAUACAGAUCCACAAAUGGGUGUUGGGGACCAUAACUACUGCCGUAACCCAGACUCCUCUGAGAAGCCCUGGUGCUACGUGACUGGCCCAGAUACUCAGGCCCAGAGACAAACAUGUGCUAUUGACACCUGCAAAGACGAAUCCCCUACAGAGGCCGCAGAAGCAAGCCCCCUUAUCACUGCACAAACAGAGAUCCUUGAGCCGGCUAUAUCUGGGCCUGGCCAGGGUGGGAGUGCUGCGGUCCAGCCAGUCAUGGGCAUCAGCCAGCUCCGCACAGGACCCAAGAAGAAGAAAGACCUGGGCACUCUUGGGUAUGUGGUUGGCAUCCUCAUGAUGGCUAUCAUCAUCCUCCUGGGGGUGGGCAUCACCGUUGGCUACUUCUACAAGAGAGCCCGAGAUCUGAAGACAAAGCACGAGCAACGCGUGUAUGAGCGGGAGAUGCAGAGGAUCACGCUGCCCCUGUCGGCCUUCUCCAACCCAACCUGUGAACUGGUGGAUGAGAACGCCAUCAUCAUCACAGCCGAGGAGCAGAACCCAACCCAGGACGGCAUAGGGGAGCAGGGAGGAGAUCCCCUGAUGGGCCAGCAAGCUGUUACCCCCGGGGCCUGAGCGCUGACCACCCAACUAGACUGGGAACGGACCGUGACAUUUAAACUUCAGAGGACCAAAACACUCCCCUCCCGGACCUCCCUCUGCCCCCAAAAUUAACGUCCUUAUCAAGGCCUACCAGAAGAAGGGGAGCAGAGCUGAGCUCCAAAGACUGGACCGUGUCCUUAUUGCCCUGAUUAUUACAUACAUGUGUCACCAACAGGGAGAAAGGUUUGAUGAGGACAGACUCCACGUUGAGACCAUCAGAUGAAUCUGGUAACGGUUGUGUACAGAAGUGCAUGUCAGGGAUGCUCAGUGAGAAAUAGAGCAGUUGAAGACCAUUAUGAUGGACUCACCCUUUGUUGCAGCAUUGUGAUGGUCUUGUGAGAGGAAUGUGUAUCAAUCAACAGUAAUCAUGGAGAUUUUAUGAAUAUUGGUUUUGGUGAACCACAAAGAGACAGUGUUUUGAAAGGGCGAUUUCAUAGUCUUUUCUUAUUUUCAGUUUUCAUUUUGAGGUGUUCAGCAGCUGAGUGUUAUGGGUUUACCUCAGAGAAUAGUGCAACUCGCAUCCCUUCUGUCCUUUGGCUGAUCCAAAGCACUUGGUGUACAUGUUCGGGAAAUACUAUUUUGAAUCAGUGUUGGGACUGAAUGCAUCAUUUGUUAGCUACUACAUGAUUAGUUGAUCUAAAUCGGAGCUUCAAAAUAAAAUCAAGGGCGGUAGCCUAGUGACUGAAGCAUCUUAUUAAACAAAAGGUUGCUAGAUUUUAUCCCAGAACAGGCAAGGUGAAACCUGUCUUGCACUCUGAAGCUUUAAUGUUGCCUUAGCAUGAUGCACCUGAAUGUAUAGAUCAUGGUCUCCUGAUGACCUUACUGUUAAACUAAUACAUUUAUCAAUCAUAAGGUGACAAACUACAACCAUCAGUACUGGUUUGCUGGAAAUUUAAGGGGACCAUUAGGGUGCUUCCCCUCAGGUUGCCAAGUGACAGAAAAGUCUGAUCUCAGGACACAAUGGGGCAGCACUGUCGUAAAGCAAAACCACUAAGUCUGGGUUCUGGCUAGAACCGGACAGAGCCUGUCUGAAUGCUGCCUGAACAGAACAGUCAAUUGUUGUGGGUUGAAUUUAGGGCAUUAGAUUGUAUCUGGACCAUUAAACUUUGUCCCAAAUGCCCAAGAAAGCAACAGAGCAAAGUUAGUGUGAAGAGGAUAUGAGUCCAGAACUGUGACAUUUGAUCUGUACAAAGUCAUUGUCCAGUUGUCACAUUGAUACUAAAAGUAACUGCAGUAUCUUUUCUAAUCAAUCAAACUCUUAGUUGGGAUAUUUCUGAUUCACUAUGUUGCUCUGUUCUACCAAUGCAAGUUUGCAUUGAUCCAAAUUAUUUUAUUGUGAUGACUUUUCAUAGUUUAGUAAAAUAUCAUUCUGUAAUCAUAAUGGUUCCUUUCAUUUUUGUUGAACAUUAUGUAAAUAAUGUAUUCACUGUUGCUCAUUUGGAAAAAAGGCCAAAUUUUAUUAACUGUUUAACAGAUGCAAUUCCUUAUCAAAUUUCACAGAGUUGCAAAUUGUGAUUGGUUUGAGGAAAUGUGUUCU